ACCAGAGAAUGGACAUUUCUUCGACAAUCAGUGACUUCAUGUCCCCGGGCCCCACCGACCUGCUUUCCAGCCCCCUCGGCUCCAGUGGCAUGGAUUGUAACCGCAAACGGAAAGGCAGCUCUACCGACUACCAUUCACAGGUCGAAUUUGGGGAGCACAGUGGCUGAAGGUCAGAUGCCCACUAGGAGAUGCUAUGAUUAAUAUGUAAGUGACCCCAGAUGAUUGAGCAAGCCAACGCCCAGGGGAUGGAGAGUGGGUGUGAGGCCCGAGAGGGUUCUUCUGGAGCAGUCCCUCCCCAACAGGGAGGCCAGGAGAUGGUUUCCAUGGACCACUUGCCUUGGGUGGUUGGAGUCACUGGUGUCUUCUAAGUCCUCUGCUAUCUAAACCUGUGGUUUCCGACCUUGACCCCACCCAAGACCUCCAGGUUUCCCUCCUGGACCCCGUUUACAAAUCUUCUGUGAUUUGUGGAGACGCUAUAAUUAAGCACCCCUCAUCCCUCUUUCCCUGACUUUUCAAUGCGCUAAUUGUGUCCAGUGGGUCAGGCGGAGCUCUCUUCACCUGAGUUGAUCAUCCUGGCCUCAGGGACCAGCUGCAAGCCAAGACAAAAGGGGAGGGAGAGUUUGUUUUCCCCUGUGGCCUGAAUCCCGUCUUCUGCACUCUAGGACUAGCUAGGGUCCUCUCUGCUGGUGAGGCAGUCAAGGGCUCCCGGGUGGGAAUCCCUGUUCUAGAAUGCCCAUGCUGUGAUUUGGUGCUCCUGAGAAAAGUUGUUUUUGCCCUUGAGACUACAUUGUUUGAAGGGCCAGAUCCCUCUGUUCUUACAGGAUGAAAGAGAGAGGCCCAGGUGCCAGGCAGUGCCCUCCUGGUAUAAGCUUGGGCACUGGAGAAGGGUGUGAGGUGACCCCAGGGUGAUUUGGAACUCCUUCUUUGGAGGAUUUUAGUCUGUUUUCUACUAAACCGUGAGGUGCCCUGAAACCUGGAUCACUGGAGACUAUAAAAGGGAGAUAGAUCCCUGCUGUGACCUGAGGACCCCCAGUGGCCAAACAGGGCUCCACGGCCCUCAGCCCCACUUGGGCCCUCUCUCCCUGGUCCUUGGGCCUCGGGGGUUCCCACCUGGCUGAGAACCAGAACAUUGUGUGUCCGUGUCUUUGAAAAGCUGCCUCAGGGCUCUGCUCAGUGCUUCCUUGUGGGUUCUCUGGUCUCCCCUCCCCACUUCACACCCCCCCCCCACCAGAUAUAUAUGUAUGCACACGUAUAUUUGAGGCUUGGUAUGUUUUGCAAAUGAAUAAACUCCAUUUAUCCAGAAUGAUGAGGGGAAUAAGAUAUUACAGUUAUUUGGAUACAGUUAUUAAGAAUUUCCAUAAAUGCUCUGUAUUCCCGGUUUCUAAUAGGGCCUAAAAUAUGUUAACAGCAAGCUCUGUUGAUGACCACACGUAACUUUUGUUUGAUCAUCUGGGAAACCAGUCCUAGAUGCAUAUUAGGGCAAGCUAUGUGUGUUCGACUAGUCUGCUUCGAUAAUCGAUACUACGGAAUCUGAACUUUCUGAUUAUUUGGUUUCUGGAUAAAUGCAAUCCUUCCAUGUUGUAAGAAGCCGCUUUGUAUGUCUUUAUUAACAAAUACUCACGUUCUCUCUUGUUUUUUCAGAGAGAGCAUGGACACAGACAAAGAUGACCCUCACGGAAGGUACCAUGAACCUAGUCAUGACCUUCAUCCUGCUAGCUAUUUUCCUUGCAUAAUUACAUGUUCUGUUACUUGGUACAGGUCCCACCUGUGUCCUUGAUUGGGGAUAAGCUCAAGAUGCUCACCCCCAGCCCCCCAGGGCAGCUAACAAGAGCCCUUGUGUUGGAGACAGAUGACAGGGAUUAAGCAGGGAAAUGAAUGAAGCUGAGAAGAAGAGAGAGAGGUGUAACUUGGCCAUUAGUCUCCCAGGGAUUGUGUUUGAUCUUGCUUUUUUUUUUUUCCCCCCUGCUUUCCCUUCCAGGUUAGAAUACACAGAGCACCAAGGAAGGAUCAAAAAUGCAAGAGAAGCCCACAGUCAGAUCGAAAAGCGGCGUCGGGAUAAAAUGAACAGUUUCAUUGACGAACUGGCUUCUUUGGUGCCCACGUGCAAUGCCAUGUCCAGGAAGUUAGAUAAACUUACUGUGCUGAGGAUGGCCGUUCAGCACAUGAAAACAUUACGAGGUGCCACCAACCCAUAUACAGAAGCAAACUACAAACCAACUUUUCUGUCAGAUGAUGAAUUGAAACACCUCAUUCUCAGGGCAGCAGAUGGAUUUUUGUUUGUCGUAGGAUGUGACCGAGGGAAGAUCCUCUUUGUCUCCGAGUCUGUCUUCAAGAUCCUCAACUACAGCCAGAAUGAUCUGAUCGGUCAGAGUUUGUUUGACUACCUGCACCCUAAAGAUAUCGCCAAAGUGAAGGAGCAGCUCUCGUCCUCGGACACGGCGCCCCGGGAGCGGCUCAUAGAUGCAAAAACUGGACUUCCAGUUAAAACAGAUAUAACCCCUGGGCCAUCUCGAUUAUGUUCUGGAGCACGACGUUCUUUCUUCUGUAGGAUGAAGUGUAACAGGCCUUCAGUAAAGGUGGAAGACAAGGAUUUCCCCUCAACCUGCUCAAAGAAAAAAGCAGAUCGAAAGAGCUUCUGCACCAUCCACAGUACAGGGUACCUGAAGAGCUGGCCGCCCACAAAGAUGGGGCUGGACGAGGACGGCGAACCCGACAACGAGGGCUGUAACCUCAGCUGCCUGGUCGCCAUCGGACGCCUGCAUUCGCACGUGGUCCCGCAGCCAGCGAACGGGGAGAUCAGAGUGAAGUCCAUGGAGUACGUGUCCCGGCACGCCAUAGACGGGAAGUUUGUUUUUGUAGACCAGAGGGCAACAGCUAUUUUGGCAUAUUUACCACAAGAACUUCUAGGCACAUCAUGUUAUGAAUAUUUCCACCAAGAUGACAUAGGACACCUCGCAGAAUGUCAUAGGCAAGUUUUACAGACGAGAGAAAAGAUUACGACGAAUUGCUACAAGUUUAAAAUCAAAGAUGGUUCUUUCAUCACACUGCGGAGUCGAUGGUUCAGUUUCAUGAACCCUUGGACCAAGGAAGUAGAAUACAUUGUCUCAACCAACACUGUUGUUUUAGCCAACGUCCUGGAAGGCGGGGACCCAACCUUCCCGCAGCUCACAGCGUCCCCCCACGGCAUGGACAGCAUGCUGCCCUCUGGAGAAGGUGGCCCAAAGAGGACCCACCCCACUGUUCCAGGGAUUCCAGGGGGAACCAGGGCUGGGGCAGGCAAAAUAGGUCGAAUGAUUGCUGAAGAAAUCAUGGAGAUCCACAGAAUAAGAGGGUCCUCACCUUCCAGUUGUGGCUCCAGCCCAUUAAAUAUCACAAGUACACCUCCCCCUGAUGCCUCUUCUCCAGGAGGCAAGAAGAUUUUAAAUGGAGGGACCCCAGACAUUCCUUCCAGUGGCCUACUACCAGGGCAGGCUCAGGAAAACCCGGGCUAUCCAUAUUCUGAUAGUUCCUCUAUUCUUGGUGAGAACCCUCACAUAGGCAUAGACAUGAUAGAAAACGACCAAGGCUCAAGUAGUCCCAGUAAUGAUGAAGCAGCAAUGGCUGUCAUAAUGAGUCUCUUGGAAGCAGAUGCUGGGCUGGGUGGUCCUGUUGACUUUAGUGACUUGCCGUGGCCACUGUAAACACUACAUGUUGCUUUGGCAACAGCUACAGUAUCAAAGUGCAUUACUGGUGGAGUUUUACAGUCUGUGAAGCUUACUGGAUAAAAAGAGAACAGCUUUUAUGUACCGUCCUCAUAAAAGCCAUCUCAGAGCCAUUGAUACAAGUCAAUCUUACUAGUGUAACUUCAGACAAAGUGGAACUAAGCCUGCUCCAGUGUUUCCUCAUCAUUGAUUAUUGGGCUAGCUGUGGAUAGCUUGCAUUAAUUGUAUAUUUUGGAUUCUGUUUGUGUUGAAUUUUUUAAUCAUUGUGCACAGAAGCAUCAUUGGUAGCUUUUAUAUGCAAAUGGUCAUUUCAGAUGUAUGGUGUUUUUACACUACAAAGAAGUCCCCCAUGUGGAUAUUUCUUAUACUAAUUGUAUCAUAAAGCUGUUUAUUCUUCCUUGUAAGAAUCCUUUCCUAUAAAUAUGGGUUAAAGUAUAAUGUAUUAGACAGUUAAAUAUUUUUAAUAAAUGUUUCCCUUGUUCUAUAAA